AUGGUGCUGUGCGAUGCAAGCCAAGUGAAAGGCCCAAAGUUCCCUAUCUACCUGCCGCAGAACAAGUUGGAGGAGUUGGAGGCGACAGCGAAUGCACUAAUUAUCUGCGGCAAGGGCAUUUUGGCCACUGACGAGACGCCGGCCACUUUGGGCGUCCGCUUCUCUUCCAUCAACCUUGAGAACACCCCUGAGAACCGCCGAAGGUAUAGAGAACUACUCUAUGCCACCGACUGCUCCAUUAAGAAGUACAUCUCUGGCAUCAUUAUGCAUCCUGAGUCUCUGAAUGAACAGGCCUCUGAUGGAAAACCCAUGAUUGAGUUGAUUACCAAUCGGCAUAUCAUUCCGGGCAUCAAGGUGAACAGGGAGUUUGUCGUGCUCCCGGGCACUUUUGAUGAGUGUACCACGGAGGGCCUAGACGAGCUAGCUCGGCGCUGUGAGGAGUACCGUCGGCGAGGCUGUCGGUUUGCUAAAUGGCGCUGUGUCUUCAAGAUCUCCGCACCCACACCCUCCCACCUCGCUCUCAUUGAAAUCGCCAAUGUGCUCGCCCGCUACGCCGCGAUCAGCCAAGUGGCCGGCUUGGUACCGUUGAUUGAGCCAGAGGUGGUUACCGAGGGCAACCACAACAUAAAAACUGCACAAAGGGCAUACCAAGAGGUUCUCUCCUACGUAUUCAAAGCUCUUCAGGACCACCAUAUUUUCCUGGAGGGCCUUCUCAUAGAGACAAACUUUGUUCGCGCCGGACAUACCAGCUGCUGCCAGUCUAGCGUCGAGGACAAUGCAAAAACUACCCUCGAGGUCCUUCAACGCACAGUGCCGCCAGCGGUCCCUGGUAUCCUAUUCCUAUCAGGCGGUCUCUCUGAGAAUGACGCGACGCUAAACCUGAACGCAAUUAACACGAUAGAGAGCAAGAGACCAUGGGCUCUGACGUUUAGCUUUGGAAGGGCCAUGCACAACGCAGUUCUCACUGCUUGGAAGGGCGUGGACGACAACAUCCCCAACGCUCAGUGCGUCCUCAUGCGGCUGGCGAGGCAUAACUCUGAAGCAUCCAUGGGUCGCUACCGGGGCAUGAAGAAAUUCCCCACCGGAGACAGAUCAUUUUACGUUGCCAACUACGCCUAUUAA